AGUGUGUUUAGUUUGUGCAGUCGAACCUGGAGCAGUGACAGAUGAAUUGUCGAAAAUAGAGGAAAAGGGAACACGGGCGACUCUCCCGUGCACACAAAAAACAUGUUUCCCAAAGGCAAAAGCUCCGUCGUGCCGUCGGAUGGUCAAGCUCGGGAAAAGUUAGCUUUGUAUGUUUAUGAAUAUUUGUUACACAUUGGCGCUCAGAAGUCUGCACAGACUUUUCUAUCAGAAAUCCGAUGGGAAAAGAACAUCACGUUAGGAGACCCUCCUGGCUUCCUGCAUUCCUGGUGGUGUGUCUUUUGGGAUCUGUACUGUGCAGCUCCAGAGAGGAGAGAUACAUGUGAGCAUUCAAGUGAGGCGAAGGCAUUCCAUGACUAUAGUGCCGCAGCAGCCCCGAGUCCUGUUCUUGGGAACAUGCCACCAGGAGAUGGCAUGCCAGGUGGACCCAUGCCUCCUGGAUUCUUCCAGGGCCCUCCCGGCUCCCAGGCCUCCCCUCACGCUCCUCCUCCCCCUAACAGUAUGAUGGGACCCCACGGCCAGCCUUUCAUGUCACCUCGCUUUGGUGGGGGACCAAGACCACCCAUCAGAAUGGGGAACCAGCCUCCUGGUGGAGUACCAACCGCUCAGCCAAUGCUCCCAAACAUGGAUCCUAGACUACAGGGGCCAAUGCAGAGGAUGAAUGUUCCCAGAGGAAUGGGUCCUAUGGGCCCCAGUCCCCAGAAUUUUGGAGGAGGGAUGAGACCACCACACAACUCUAUGGGCAUGCCAGGAGUGAACAUGGGGCCUGGAAAUGGCAGACCACCGUGGCCAAAUCCAAACAACAAUAUGCCUUAUUCAUCACCAUCUCCUGGUGCAUAUGGGGGUCCACAAGGAGGGGGACCUCCAGGAACACCUGGAAUUGUCCCUAGUCCAGCAGACUCCAACAACUCCAGUGAAAACCUGUACACCAUGAUAAACUCAGGAGGAGGAGGUCGAAACAGCUUUCCCAUAGGCCCAGGCUCUGAGGGCCCUCUAGGGGCCAUGGCAGGAAUGGACCCAAUGCAUAUGAAUGGAGGUUCAGGUGACCUGGAUGGACUUUCAAAGAAUUCUCCCAACAAUAUGAGUGGCAUGAGCAAUCCACCUGGGACCCCUAGAGAUGAAGAUGUAGGAGGCAGCUAUCUUCAUUCUUUCCAGAAUGAGAAUCAGUACUCUCCCUCCAUGACCAUGAGCGUCUGAUGCCAGUCUGUUUGCUAAGUCUUGAAAACACAGUUGGCGAUCUAUGACACAGACAGAGUACAUAUACAGGAAAUGGAAUUUGGUGGGACUGCCCUGGGUCCUCACAAGUGGUCCCAUGCAAUAUUAAAAUUAUUUUCAUUACUUUUUUUUUUUUUAUGGCUAUCAAACUUUUUCUCCUCUUAAGAUCAGAAGAUCUAAAUGUGACUCGAUGCUCCUGGAAUUGUUUUUCUCCCCCUCUGAGGCCAUCUCUCAUUAAGAAGCAAAGUAUGGUUACUGCUGACAUAAUCUCUGGAUGUGUGUACAUUUUGUACGGAAGAGGAAUAUCGCAGUUCACUCUCUCGAAUCCGACAUCCAACUUCAGCAUGGUUUACACGUACAAAACUUUCACCAACCUUUUGACACUGAACUCUCAUUCGUGGCCUUGAAUUCUGUGAAUAUUUUAUUGCCUUUCAAUGACCAGUUUUAUUUUUCUCCAGUGAAACGCAUCAAGUGGUGAGAGAAUGUGGUCUUUUCUGAAAGGGAAAGACUCUGUUGUAUUUUACUUGUAUACUCUCAUUUUUGUCUUUUAAGCAUUAUAAGCAGCUGCUUUUUACGAAUAACUGCAUUGACGGGUCCCGUCCUGAAGAUUUUUCUCUGCACUGAUAUCAUGUUCACUUUUAUUUUUCUGAUAUUUUGACUGCUGUCUCAAUCUUUGGUCAAAGACUGAUACAUUGAUCCUCUCAGAUGCUGACCCUGAUAAAUAUACUACCUACGAGACCUUUGCCGCAGUCUCCACAGGCAGGUGACUGGAUUACCCGCCUGGAUGUCUCCAUGCAAAAUGUUCGACUGUCGUUGCGUUAAUUAUUUCAUAAUGAUUUUGUGAUGGUGGAAGAUACCCAUAUCAUGUUUUUUUUUGUUUGUUUGUUUUUUUUACACACAUGUAAUUCUCUGCCAUGUGCCUCUGUUGUUUUAGCUUUGAUAAUGGAUACUGGUUAUGGGGCUCCAUCACAGAAGGAUGUUGCUUGUGUAAGCCAGACUGUAGUGUGUUCAGGUUUGUUUUGUAUUAAGUCUAAUUUGAGCAACGUCAGACACAGUCAUAAUACAUUUAGAAUGGUAACUUAUUCUAUUUAUACAGACAUUUGGUAAUUGUUUUACAUUUAGUAGUUGUUAUGCACUGCUUUUGUUAGCUUGUGCAUCAUACUUUCAACUGUGGGCUAUAUAGGCUUGUUAAUAUAUUGACUACUAAAUUAUUUGGGUCUUUUUUUAGGAUAUUUUGUCUUUUGAUUUCGAUCAAUCGUUUAUACUAAUGCAAAAGGAAAGCAGUGUUUGAAAAUCUUUCAGCCUACCUUCAGAUUCCAGCUCAUUGCUUAAAGAGAAAAGGGAAAGCUAAAUGUGAAAUUAUUUUAUCUUUGGAAAACUAUGUAAAGCUCCUGAUGUUCCCAGACUCCUUUAAGGUAGCAUCUCUCCUAUGGGCCAAGAUCCAGCCAUUUAAUUUCCAUGUAAAUCAUUCUCUUUAAAUCAGUGAACCAGUUUCAAUGUAAGAUAAAGUUGUUCCCAAAUUGU